AUGUCCUAUCCACCACAUAUGCCAAUGAUGCCUCCUAUGCCCUUUUUCCCUCCAGGAGCGCCAAUGAUGAUUCCACCUAAUAUGUCAACACCACCACCAGGAAUACCAACAGCGACUAAUGGUACUCAUAAACCUGGAGAAACUGACAAGAAAAAUCGUCUUCAAACAGCUACAACAGUAUUUGUUGGUAGUAUUUCUGAUCGAGCACCUGAUACUAUGAUUAAACGAAUGCUUCAUAAUUGUGGUAGUGUUGUCAAUUGGAAACGUGUUCAAGGUGCCAAUGGUAAACUUCAAGCAUUUGGUUUUUGUGAAUAUGAAAAUCCUGAAGGUACACUUCGUUGUAUACGUUUACUUAAUGGUUGGCAAAUUCAAGAUAAAAAAUUAGUUGUUAAAGUCGAUACUAAAACAAAAGCAAUACUUGAUGAAUAUAAAAAAAAGAAACGACAUGAAUUAGCAAAAAAAAGCAGCUAA